CCAAUGUUUGAUGGUGGUUUCAUGUACCGCACAAAGUUAAACAGAGUACGACAACGUGUAUUGCGUUCUUUUUGUCGUUAAGAAAGGGUAAGGAGUUAAUGCUGCCCUAACGCAGCUGUUUUAACACAGCACCUGAAGCCGCAAUACAGUGCAGCUGCGUAUUUUUGUAUUCGCCGAAUCAGGGUAAAUGACAAGGAUCACUGCAAUGUGUCUUUUCAGCGCUAGUGUUUUUAACAACGAUUACAUGUAAAAAAAAAAAUUGUUAUUCUGGAGUAUAAUAUUCCCAUAUGACAAACUGAUUUACAUUCUUCCAAGUGAAACUCACCUGUAUUGCAAACAUGGAGAAUGCUGAAUGGGACCUUUCAGAAGACAAACAAGAACAUUCUGCUGAAGAUCUCAAACUUCAUAAAUCAUCAUUGCAGGUCAUUGCAACUGCCUCAUCCAUUAGAGAAUCUUAUGAGAGAAGAAGCCCUUUUCACAGUCAACAUACCACACUAACAUCACUACCUCCUGAACCAAAAAAGAUGUGUUUACCUUUUAAUCUGCAUUGGUGUUUUGGAUACAGUGUGAACAAACCAGUAUUGAACCUUACUACAAAUGUGCAGUCAUACAUCUUCUAUGUUAGUUCAAAUGUUGGUAUAUUAUAUGAUUAUAUUAACAAAGAGAUGAGAUUCCUCCAAGGACAUAUAAACCAUAUCAGUUCAUUUGCUAUUGAUGCAAAAGGCAGGUGGAUUGCAACAGCUGAUGCAGGAAAGGACAGUGCAGUUAUAAUAUGGGAAACUGAGAAAUGUGUUCCUAUUCUUACACUCUUUGAUCCUCAUGGUGAAUAUGGAAGUAGAGUUGUAGCACUGAGCCACAAUGCAAAAUAUCUAGUAAGUGUUGGUGGUGACCCAGAGCAAACACUUGCAUUUUGGGUAUGGACAUAUGGCAGUGAGUAUCCUGAAGCCAGCUGUCAACUGGGAAAUGAUCUGGGUGUUGUCAAGAAUGUUACAUUUCGGCCUAAGAGAAAUGAACAUUUCCUUAUCACAGGUGAAAAUGGUGUCACAUUUAUGACAUGGGGUGGCAACAUAUUGAAACAACAUACACCCACAAUGCCACCAUUCAAGCAAAGAGGACAUCUUGUGGAGUCUGUGUACUUACCUAAAACAAGACUGGCUAUCACUGCGACAACCAAAGCACUAUACUGUUUAAAAUUCAACCUAGGAUUUAAACAAAUGAACACAAAGAAUGAAACAAUAUUUUUCUGA